AUGACGGACGAGUACCACCUGAGCAUCCACCUGAAGAAGACGGAUGUGCUGAAGGAGCAUUUGAAAGAAAUCACCAAAGCUCUGCAUGAUGAGUUGGGGUAUUUCUGCCCAAGUGAUGGAGUGAAGAUCUCGAAGGAUCAGUCUAACGAAUUUGCUAAGAGCAAAUGGAGAAUCCUUUACUCCUCCUGGAGGAUGGAAGAUUUCACGAGAUUGAAUUUUAAAAAUGUACUCAAUAUUCUGAAGAGAAAUCCCUACGUGAUGUGGUGUGUUUACUUCCUCAUCGUCUUUAUGUGUGUUUAUCUGUUAACAUUAUUGCUGUAUACGAAAUGCUUUCGGAGGUUAAUUAAAUCGAUUCAUUGCAAAAGGUGCAGAAAGAAGGAAGAGAAACGGGAGAAAGAAGAACAGGAGAGUGAAAAUAACGAUAUACUGGAAAAUGUGAAGAAGCGAAUCUUUAGCAUUAUGACGUACGUCUUUUUGAGUUCGCUGCUAUGUGUUCUUAUUGGCUUAGGUAUCUGGUUUAUUGUUUUAUUUAUCAAGACGAGGAAUGGGAUUUAUAGCAAUGUGUGCAGGGCGUCUACUUCGAUUGAGAACUUCCUCACCGACCACUGUUCCGUGGAGGAUAGCAGGGUGGAUUCUUCCUGCUACUCCCUGGAGCACAUCAUCACUGACGCGGUCUCCAUCGUGGGGCAAUAUCAGGAUAUCAAACUGGAGAUAAAGGAGGACCUUCUGGUGGACCAGGACAGGUCGAUUCCGCAACUCACAGAUUUCCUCACCGUGUUUGAGAACUUCAGGAAGCUGCAGCGAAACAUGAGGAGGAACAACCAAAUCCUAGAGGAGCAGUACUUCCACACGUACCCAGUCCUGAUGAGGCUAGUGACCGCUCUGGACGUAGUGAUCCAGGAAGGAGAGGCGUACCUGAAGCAAGCGAAAGACACCCUGGAUGAGGGAAAGAAAGCAAUCAAAGGGACGUUCGAAGAGAUUGACCAAGUUUUAGGAAAAACAUUUAGAGAAAACAUGGACAUGGUAAACGAUAAAAUUACGCUCUUCAAUAAAACGAUGAAAGAAGUACUCCACCAGUAUAGGAUAAAGAAGAACAUAAAGAAGUACACCAUCUCGAUCCUGAUUGUCAAGUUGGUGUUGCUCAUUCCUCCUCUUCUCAUUCUGGUCGGACUAUUGUUGUUCCUAUACUUUGUGGUAAAAGGGGACAUAGGAGAUAGUAGUCAUUUUUUUCUGGACCUCUUUGGAGUGUUCAGCGUGUAUUUUGGCUUUCUAACGAUUGUGAUUUUGUUAAUAGGGAUAGCCUUACUCAGCGCAUCGGUCUUGGGUGGGACGAGCUGUAUCAUCGCAGAUCGUGUUUUAAAGAAUGAGCUGAACUUUGACGUGUUUAAGGAUACCACGAUAGAUUACUGCCUGAAGAAUGAGAAUUCGCCCCUUAUAUCAGAGGACAUGCUCCAAGGUAUUGUUGAUAACGUGAAUUCAUUCGACACGAGCGAAAUGGAGAAGACGGUAAAUGAGUACGAUGCCUCUUUCAAAGAAAUGAAGGAGACGUUCCAGCAAAACACACAGAACUUUGUAAGCUAUCUGUGGGUGGUUAUUACUAAGCCGAGGAACAACAUAUAUAUUAAUAACAUCCGAUUGAAUGAGCUUAAGCAGUCCCUCCUGGCAACCAGCAUCACUCGUGAUAAUGUCAAAUUUGGCCAAUUCACUCUGUGGGGAACAGAUGAAUACCUGCAUCAUUUGAAUCGCCAUUAUUUUCCGGAUAAUCGCUUUGCCCUUUGUUUCGAAAAUGAAGAAUGUGAGGGGGACGAAAAUAAGUUUAACAUCAGUUCCAAGUCCUCCAUUGAUGACGCCAAGUACCGGACGUUGAGGGGUCACGUUAGGCCUAAUGUCCACGCAGAUGACUUAGACAAUGUGGUAAAUCUAUUCAUUUGGAAGUCUCGAAUCAGGACGGAGAAAAUCUUCUCUGUAGAAGACCUGGACAGCAGCAUGACGGAGAAAAUAGGGUGGAGCCAGUACACGCCAAGGAUUAAAGGAAGAGAGGGUAGAGAACAUGAGACCUCCCUCCUGAGGAAGUACCUCGUGGAAGACAUUGAAGAACUCAACUUCAACCAUGUGAUUAGCUUUUUCCAGAAAAUUAAACAAAAGUUCGACGCGCUCAAAUAUAUGAUCGUUACCAAGGCGAAUCAACUAAUGAACAACCUCAACUGCAGCAGACUCGUUGGCGAAGUGAAGAACCUGAAGAACCUCUACUGCGACAGUGUCGUCCUUAAUAUGACACUCCUCUCGGUCGCGCUUAUCUCCUUCUCCAUCAUUUCGUUCCUUCUCUGGUACUUCUUUCUCUUUUUUUGGCUCUACUACCAGAUGAAGAUGAUGUGA